GACGCAGCUUGCAAUAUGAUAAGAAAAUUUUUAGCGCAGGAUGGUAUGAAAGUUACAACGAAUCAGAAAAUUAUUUGUUAUCUCUAUCAGUUAUUAGGGAUAAUCUGUAGUCUAUUGCUUACUGUUCAGGUGAAGAGUGAACGUUUCUAAUUAUAAUUUAGUAUUUUUAGGUCAUUCGCUAUAGUGAUUUACACAAUGGGAGAUAGCAUGUUUUAUUUGAGUAAAUCACGAGUAAUAAUUCUUGUUGUUGUUGUAGCACUUCUUCUUCUUAUAGAAGGUUUGCUCAUUGGAUUGGUUGCUCGACCUACAUGCAAUGUAGUAGUUCAGGAUGAGACGACGACUAAAUCUACCACCACAAAGUCAUCAACCGCAUCAACUCCUAUUACAGAAGCACCGACGGGUCCUUGGACAGCGUUUAGAAUUUCGCACGAUCACUUACCUAUCUCAUAUAAUAUUGAUAUUCGCCCUGUUCUCGAAAUGAAUGCUGAUGGAAAAUAUAUGUUUUAUGGAACAUCGAGCGUAACGUUUAGCUGUGAAACAGCAACGAAAUACAUCAUUUUGCAUAGCAGAAAAUUGGUUUAUACACAAUCUCAAGUUACUUUGACUGAAAACGAAAAUACCAUCCCAAUAAAAAGUAUGAUGUAUUAUCAACCAAAUGAAUUUAUGGUAUUUGAAAGUGAAAAUCUUUGCGAAGUUGGUAAAAUUUACACGCUGACGGUUACAAACUACGAGUCAGAACUUUCUGAUGAUCUGACAGGAAUAUAUCGUAGUGAGUACUACAACCCGGCUGGCGAACUCAGGGUAGUGGCUGUGAGCCAAAUGGAGACCACAGGAGCCCGUGAGACUUUCCCGUGUUUUGAUGAACCUGGAUUCAAAGCGAAUUUCACCAUUACUUUGUGGCACAAGGCCAAUUCUGGUUAUUUUGCGGUGUCAAACAUGCCUGAAACAUCUCACAAGUUGGAAACAAUCGAUGGAGAUCUGUGGAAUUCAACAACAUUUGCUGAGACAGUUCCGAUGUCAACUUAUCUUCUUGCUCUUGUGGUCUGCGACUUUUCGUACGUUGAAACGAAGAGCGUCUCAGGUGUCGAGACUAGAACAUAUGCAAGAUCCGCAGCUGUAGACAACGGUGAAGCUGAAUAUGCCUCAAUAAUGACCCCAAGAAUUCUUGAAUUUUUCCAAGGCUACUUUUCUGUUCCCUACCCUCUGCCCAAAUCUGAUCAAGCAGCGGCCCCUGAUUUUGGAGCUGGUGCCAUGGAAAAUUGGGGACUUGUUCUAUAUCGGGAUGUUUAUCUUCUGUAUGAUGAAGAUACGUCGUCAGUUUUUGACAAACAGACAGUCACACGAAUCAUUAGUCAUGAACUUGGCCAUCAGUGGUUUGGUAAUCUUGUUAGUCCCGUAUGGUGGGAUGAUCUUUGGUUAAACGAAGGCUUUGCUUCUUAUGUGGAAUAUAUCGGUCAGGUGAAUGUACAACCUACGUGGAAAGCGAACGAGCUGUUUGUUUCUGAUGAUAUGCAAUCUGCACUUGAAGCAGAUGGGGUAGUAUCGUCUCAUCCUCUAGUUUAUCCAGUUAAUAGUUUGACCGAAAUAUCAGCUCAAUUUGACGACAUUAGUUAUGAAAAGGGAGCAAGUAUACUUCGCAUGAUAAAUUCUUUCAUGGGAGAAGACAAUUUUGUUACUGGACUUACGAAUUAUCUCAACGAACUCGCUUACCAGGCUGCUACACAUAGUGAUCUUUUCAGAUUUUGGCAAGAACAAGCUGAUACAGCAGGUCUGGAGUUCCCUACCACAUUGACCAUCAUAUUAGAAACAUGGACGUUGCAAAUGGGACAUCCUGUUGUUAAUGUCCGAAAGACGACAACUAACACGUAUCAAGUCACACAAGAGUAUUUCUUAUUCGAUAACAAUGCAACUGUAGUACAUACGCCAGGAAGUGAAACAUAUGGAUACAAGUGGUAUAUCCCUUUCACUUAUAAAACUUUCAAUCAAAUUGGAACAGACAACAUGGAAGAAACUUGGUUGGAACCAAAUCAAUCACCAUUGGAAAUCACUGAAAGCGAGUUUAUUUUGGCAAACAUUAAUUCUUUUGGAUUUUACCGAGUGAAUUAUGAUGAGGACACGUGGAAUAAAAUCAUUGCAAAACUUGUAUCACCAUCUUUUGAAGAAAUACCAGAACGAAGUCGUGCACAGAUGAUAAGCGAUGUUUUCAAUUUGGCCAGGCCAGGGCGCUUGGAUAUAACAUAUGGAAUGGAUCUAUCAAAGUAUAUGAUUCAAGAACAAGAAUUUGUUCCAUGGAAGGUUUUCAUGCAAAAUGUUAAAUUUUUAGAAUACAUGCUAAGUCGAACUCCUGCUUAUGGGCAAUUAUCGAAACACGUUGUGGAACUCGUUGAUCCAUUAUAUCAAUUGCUUGGAUGGGAAGAAACAGAUAAAAGUGAUGCCGCUCUCAUAAGCAGACGCAAUAUGAAGCUAACCAUCGGUGCAUCCUGUUAUUAUGGAAAUGCGGUUUGCAUCAGUCAAGCUAAGGAUUUAUUCAAGCAAUGGAUGCAAAAUCCGGAAAAUAACAGCAUAAUCAGCAGUACCUAUCGCGAUGACGUAUACUGUGCAGCGAUCCGUAACGGAGGAGUCGAAGAAUGGAAUUUUGCAUGGCAGCGUCAUGGCGAAUCAACAAAUGCACAAGAGCAAAUAAGCCUGCGAUACGGGAUGUCAUGUAGUAAAGAACCCUGGAUUCUGACACGAUAUAUGGAAUACUGUAUUGAUCCUACUGUCAUAAGAACACAAGACACUUUCAGAAGUUGUAUGAAUUAUAUUGGAGGGGAAGAUUACGGAAGAGAUUUAGCAUGGGGAUUUCUGGUGGAAAACUGGGAUGCUCUUGUUAAUGUGCAUGGUGGAUCGUCGCGUUUUUCGAGAUUGAUUGAUUCAAUUUCUAAUCGACUUUCGACAGAAUAUGAUUUACAGUUGCUGGAGAAUUUCAGAGACGGAAAGAAUAACCUGGGAUCAGCUUCUCAGUCUAUUGAUAAAGCAAUAGAAAGAACAAAACUAAACAUAGCUUGGAGAGCAAUCAACGAAGAAAAAAUUACUGCUUGGUUGGCUACUAAUGUUUAAUUAAGAAAAAUAACUAACUGGCAUCAAUAAAGAAAACUUUACAGUACAAUUUGAGCUGUUUUUUAAUUUGUAAAUAAUGAAUAUGCAAUAAAAUGAAUAAGAAUUUC